CUCGAGCAUAUGACUUGUACAGUAAAACAUUUAUGCUAAAAGGAUACGGUGUGUUACGAAGGCCUCCUUACAGGUUAAAGUCUUUAGCAAGGACACUCGCCUUUGCUACGCUGUGCGUUCAUUGAAGCCGAUAUGGGUCGGCAUCGCGGGAAAGGAGAGAAGCGCAGUAAGGGAGACAAGGACGACGCGAAGGACGAAAGCGGCAAGGACAAAAAGCCUAGCGUCUUUGAGCGACUUUCCUCCCCGCACGAUAAAGGAAAUGGAGAUGAGCGCGCCCUCGGACGGGAUGAGUAUACCACCAAGGGUCGUGAGGGGAGGUCGGACGGGGAUGUCGGCAGCAAGCGUCGCGGCGACUCGCCUGACAAGGACGGGGAUAGACCAGCCCGCAAGCGCCCCGCUAUCGUGUGGGAGCCACCUUCAUCGAAGUCUGGCGACCGCCCAGACAAGCUAGACAGCAGGGAGGCUGCUCAGGAGCCGUCAGAUAGGGACCAGCCGUCAAGGGAGCAGUCUGGUAAGGAGCAUCCUGUGCGGGAGGCUGUAGGGAGGGAAAUGACCAAGGAGAAGGGCGCAGCGAAGGACAGCAGCAAGCAGGGCGACACCAGGGAUCUCAAAGACAAGGACAGGCGAGAUGCUCGUCCCGAGCGGGCUGACAAGGAUCGGGAGGAUGACGCGAGGGAGCGCGAGAGGGAGUGGGACCGCGACCCACGGGACUUGCGCGAGCAGCGGGAAAAGGAGAGGGGCGAUAAGGGGGACAAGGAGCGCGGCAAGGAGAAGGGAGCAAGCGGAGGAGGCGGCAGCGGCCGGGAGAGAGAGAAGGAAAAGGGGGAGAAGGGUGGUGGGUCGUCAUCUCGGCGGGAGACGGACAAGGAGAAGGAGCGGGGCCGGGAGAAGGAGAAGGAGCGGGAGAAGGAGCGAAUCAGUCGACGCGAUCGCGAGGGCAAGGACCGAGACGAGCGGGAAAGCAGGGACAAGGAGAGGGAGGCUCGAGAUCGCGAGCGCGACAGGGAACGGGACCGUGAUCGGGACAGGCGGAGUGACCGGGAGUACUCGGAGAGGGACCGGGAUCGCGACAGUCGUGACCCACGGGACCGUGUGGUGGAUAUGCCAGACAUCGCAACCCAGCUUGACGACCGGCGCCUGGGCCCUAGCGGCGGCCCCAACCCCUUGGACAUGCCCAUGCCCAUGAUCCUGCGGCCCUCGCCUUCCGACAUGCCGCCGCCUGCGGAGGGACGCAUGCACGACAGCAGCCAGCAGCCGCCGCCGCCACCUCGACGUGACGGCGGAGGGGGUGGGGGGCAGUACGGCGGGAUGUCACCGGACCGGGAGCCGCGCGACCGCCGGGACUGGGAGGAGUAUGGUGGCGGCGGUUUCGGAGGCGGAGCUGGCCGGGAAUUCGGCGGGGGCUUGCGGCCAGGGUUCGGGCACAUGCCUCCGCCCAGGGGGGGCUUUGGUGACGCUAGAGGAGGUCGUGCAGGUCGCUUCCCCGAGGAGCGCCUGCAGGAGCAGGAGUACGGCGGCCCGAGCGGCUCCAUGCCCAUGCCGCCGCCCUUCGCCGCCGCCGCCGCCGACUCCUCCAACACCUACCUGGAUGGCGGCGGGCGCUCCUCGCCGCCCCCAGCGCAGCGCAACAUGAACAUGAGGGGCGCCGGUGCUGGCGGGGCCGGUGGCGGUGGCGACAGCAGCCGUGGCGGGGGCGGUGCUGGCGGUGCGGCGUUACUCAUGCCACCCAUUAUGGACACCGGUGGCGCGGGAGGGGUCGGCGGGGGCGUGUUGGCCGGUGGCGCUCCUGCCGGUGGACCUGGUCCCAGCAUGAUGCCGCCCAUCAUGGAGGGGGGCGGCCUGGGGCGGCGAGGGCCGGGCGUUGGGAUGAUGGGCGGGGCGGAGCUGGAGCAGCAGAUGCUGUUGCAUCAGGAGGCGGGGAGCAGCGGGGCAGGGGCGGGGUCCGGCUUCAACAACGCGAUGGGCCAGCAGCAGGCAGCAGCGAAGGCUGUGGACCCCGUGCUGCAAAUGCGCAAGCGGCGCGAGUUCUACCGGCAGCGGGUGCAGCUGGAGGCCCUGAUGGCAAGUCCGCAGGUGGUGGGGCAGGAGGCCUAUAAGGAGCUCGAAAAGGCGUACAAGCGGCUCGCGACUGAGGCCGCCGGACUGCCAGUUGAGCUGCGCCCCUCCAUUGCUGCCGACCCACGGGUCGCUGCUUUGGGCCAGCCGCGGCUGUCGGCUGUGGCGGCGGGCUCAUCGCGGCUGCGCAGCUUUGCGCUGUCGGAGCUGCUGCUGGACGACUCGUAUUGGUCGUCGGCGCAGAUGGCGGCUGCGCUGGCGGCGGCAGCGCCUGGCAGCGGCCAGGUGCUGAGCCUGGGGGGUGAGCGGCACCUGGCGGCGCACCGCCAAAGCCUGCAGGCCUGCAGGCAGCUGCAGGAGGACAUCGCCUUGCAGCCCUACUGCCGUACCGGCAAGGGAGGCGCGUUCCUGCUGACCGCGUCUCAAGAGGCACAGGGGUUGUUCUGAGGCGCGUUGCGACAUGCGUCGGUCACUAUGCUUCUUGGACCACGUAUUUGGCCGCCUGUACCGGUUGCGCGAUGUCUGUUGUGCAGCAUAUCAAUUGACCGUGGACCUGUAACGAAAGCCAAUGGAUAAA